GGCGAUUCAAUAGCAUCUUGUUCGGCCUGCCGUGCGGUACUUGAAGCCAACAAUUUGAAUUAUAAUAGUUUUUCGUUUUCUAUUUUUUGUGUGGUUUUUGCCUUUUCAAAAAUGAGAAUCUUAAAUGAGCAUCAAAUGUUUUUUCUGGAUCCUUCGGAGCUUUUGCGGCCUGAGCCCACAUUUGCCGACAAGAAUCCUUCGCAGUUUCGAGACUAUAGCGUCGACACCGAGGAUCCACUAAAGGAACGCGUGCGACGCACCUACCGUGAUAUGCACUUAAAUCAAACUGUGGACUUUGUUAUGGGCCGCCGUGACCACUGGCUGAAGUUCAACACCAUUAAGAUGACGGUGCGUGAGGCAUUGGAAAAGCUCAAUGAUUUGGUAGACGAGUCCGAUCCCGAUCUGGAUUUGCCCAACAUCAUACACGCUUUCCAGGCUGCCGAGCGGGCACGCACCGAAUUUCCCGAGCACGAUUGGCUUCAUUUGACGGCGCUGAUCCACGAUCUGGGCAAGAUCAUGGCCUUCUACAAUGAACCCCAAUGGGCCGUUGUGGGCGAUACCUUUGUGGUGGGCUGUCGCUGGGGCGACAGCAUUGUCUAUCGCGACGAGAGUUUUGUGGACAAUCCCGAUGGCGACAAUCCCAAAUACAAUACAGAAUACGGCAUGUAUGAGCCGAACUGUGGAAUAGACAAUGUGCUCAUGUCCUGGGGACAUGAUGAAUACAUGUACUCAGUGCUCAAGCACAACAAGACCAAGUUGCCCGACGUGGCCUGCAAUAUCAUUCGCUUUCACUCGUUCUAUCCCUGGCAUAACGGAGGUGACUACAAGCACCUGGAGGCGCCAAAGGAUGAUGAGACCAAGAAAUGGGUAUUGAUUUUCAACCGUUACGAUUUAUACACAAAGAGCGAAGUAUUGCCCGAUAUUGAUGCUUUAUGGCCCUACUACCAAACGCUCAUUGACAAAUAUUUGCCUGGUGUCUUGGAGUUUUAGGGCGUUCUUUGUAUCCAAACAUAUAUCCCCAUAGAUAUACACA